GCGCGGGCGGCGGGGCGCUCACUUCCCCGAGCCAACUCCAGCUGCGCCUGCCCCGCCGGGACUCUGCGCGUCUUCUCACUCCAUGGCGCUCCUCGUGCGGCUGCUGGCCCUCGCCCUGGCGCUGGCCCUGGGCCCUGCGGGGACCCUAGCGGGCCCAGCCAAGUCACCCUACCAGCUGGUGCUGCAGCACAGCCGGCUCCGGGGGCGCCAGCACGGCCCCAAUGUGUGUGCUGUGCAGAAGGUCAUUGGCACCAACAAGAAGUACUUCACCAACUGCAAGCAGUGGUACCAGAGGAAAAUCUGCGGCAAACCCACGGUCAUCAGCUACGAGUGCUGUCCUGGAUAUGAGAAGGUCCCAGGAGAGAAGGGCUGUCCAGCAGCUCUUCCACUUUCAAACCUUUAUGAGACCCUGGGAGUCGUUGGAUCCACCACCACGCAGCUGUACACGGACCGCACAGAGAAGCUGAGGCCUGAGAUGGAGGGUCCUGGCAGCUUCACCAUCUUUGCCCCUAGCAAUGAGGCCUGGGCUUCUUUGCCAGCGGAAGUGCUGGACUCCCUGGUAAGCAAUGUCAACAUCGAGCUGCUCAACGCCCUUCGCUACCACAUGGUAGACAGGCGGGUCCUGACCGAUGAGCUGAAGCAUGGCAUGGCCCUCACCUCCAUGUACCAGAAUUCCAACAUCCAGAUCCACCACUAUCCCAACGGGAUCGUGACCGUCAACUGUGCUCGGUUGCUGAAAGCUGACCACCAUGCAACCAAUGGUGUGGUACAUCUCAUCGAUCAGGUCAUCUCCACCACCACCAACAACAUCCAGCAGAUCAUUGAGCUUGAGGACACCCUUGAGACGCUUCGGGCUGCUGUUGCCGCGUCGGGGCUCAACACCGUGCUUGAGGGCGAUGGUCAGUUCACACUCUUGGCGCCAACCAAUGAGGCCUUUGAGAAGAUCCCUGCUGAGACUCUGAACCGGAUCCUGGGUGACCCAGAGGCCCUGAGAGAUCUGCUGAACAACCAUAUCCUGAAGUCGGCCAUGUGUGCCGAGGCCAUUGUCUCAGGGCUGUCCAUGGAGACGCUGGAGGGCACCACCCUGGAGGUGGGCUGCAGUGGGGACAUGCUUACCAUCAAUGGGAAGGCUAUCAUCUCUGACAAGGACAAGCUGGCUACCAACGGUGUGAUCCACUUCAUUGAUGAGCUGCUUAUUCCAGAUUCAGCCAAGACACUGUUUGAGUUGGCUGCAGAGUCUGACGUUUCCACAGUCACUGACCUCCUCAAUCAAGCUGGCCUCAGCACGUAUCUCUCUGGAAACGAGCGGCUGACCCUCUUGGCCCCCCUGAACUCUGUGUUUAAAGAUGGAGCCCCUCCCAUUGAUGCCCAAAUGAAGAAUUUGCUUCUAAACCACAUAGUCAAAGACCAGGUGGCCUCCAAGUAUUUGUACCACGGACAGACCCUGGACACGCUCGGUGGCAAAAAACUCAGAGUUUUUGUUUAUCGUAAUAGCCUGUGCAUUGAGAAUAGCUGCAUUGCUGCCCAUGAUAAGAGGGGACGGUACGGGGCCCUGUUCACCAUGGACCGGAUGCUUACCCCACCCACGGGGACUGUCAUGGAUGUCCUAAAGGGAGACAAUCGCUUUAGCAUGCUAGUAGCCGCCAUCCAGUCUGCUGGGCUGACAGAGACCCUUAAUCGGGAAGGAGUCUACACAGUCUUUGCUCCCACAAACGAAGCCUUCCAAGCCAUGCCGCCAGAAGAACUGAACAAACUCUUAGGAAAUGCCAAAGAACUUGCCAACAUUUUGAAAUACCACAUCGGUGAUGAAAUCCUGGUUAGCGGAGGCAUUGGGGCCCUGGUACGGCUGAAGUCUCUCCAGGGAGACAAGAUAGAAGUCAGCUCGAAAAACGGUGUCGUGAGCGUCAAUAAGGAGCCUGUUGCCGAGACUGACAUCAUGGCCACAAAUGGUGUGGUCUAUGCCAUCACCAGUGUUCUGCAGCCCCCAGCCAACAGACCUCAGGAGCGAGGGGAUGAGCUGGCAGACUCUGCUCUUGAAAUCUUCAAACAGGCAUCAGCAUUUUCCAAGGCUUCCCAGAGAUCCGUGAGACUAGCCCCUGUCUACCAGAGGUUAUUAGAGAGGAUGAAGCAUUAGCACCAAGGACCACAGGAGGAAAGCACCUCAGCAACUUCCUACCAGUUUCUCUCCGUUUGCCAAAGAGACUAUUGGAAUGUGCUUGAGACAAAUGGUCACACUUCAGUGUAUACGGGCUGCACCAUAAUGAGAUCUGAGCCUCAGUUGGGUGGGGGGAUGGGAGAGAGAGAUGUGCUUUUUAUUUUUUUGUUCUCCCUAAACCUGGCUGUUAACCCACUGCAUGCAGAGAUCUGGAUGUCAUUACCUGAUGUUCACUUCCAGAAAGGACCUAUCCCGAACCUGGAAUUUCCUGCUUAUGUGAGUGCCUGGAAGAAGGAGCUGCAGUAUCGUGGAGCUCACGGAACAUGAAUCAAGUAAUCCAGCAUUCUGGGAAGUCCUGGCAUGGUUUUGUAGAGCUCCUGCACAGCUGGAAAAAUGGCAUCAUUAUAAGCUAUGAAUUGAACAGUUGCUGUCAACUGUCUUGCAUCUGUGCGUGGCUUGGACCCUUCUGUGUGGCCCUGUCUAGGUAGCAAAGAGAGUAUGUAGAGCAUGUAGAGCCCAGAUUUCCUGAAUACGAUGGAGUCAUGGUGUGUUUGUAAUAAUAAAACCAAAGAGAUGUUGCUGGUAUGGA